AGCAAGGAGACGAGCUGACGACUUGAGCUGACGAGGUGCAGCAGCAGCGCUAAACAGUAACAGCAGCAGCUGACUGGAUCUCGCGGUCGGUCCGAUUUCGCCGCUUCAUCCGCGCAUUUUGUAACAAUUGUGCACACGUAAAGCUGCCAAAUUACUCUUGUCCAUUCGAAGACCAGGACACGCACCAUGGCGGUAGCGGCGAACGUGGAGUUUGUGACUUCGUUGACCAAGUCUGACCCGCAGAAGCACCCAGUUCUGAUUGUCGGACAGACCAAGCACCUGGCUAAGCUGACCUUCAAUGACGUCAGAGCCAAACUUGAACCCAGAGUCACUGGCGAUGUGUUGUCUGCUGCGAUUGCCAGCCUGCACCCUUCACCAACAGACUCUUGUUCCCUUUACCUGAAUCUGGCCACAGUGGCCGCCCUGCCAGUCAAGUGCAGCAGACACAACACCCCUGCCAGGGUGCAUUCCAUCUCGAAGCUUGUCCGCAGCAGCUCCAUUGGCGUCGACGAAACUGUCAUGGUAGUCUGUGAAAGGAGUGAUGUGUACGCUUCAGCCUGCGCUGUUGCCAGGGCGUACCCGUUGUACUCGAGGAAAACAUCGAGCAACUCUACCUCGAGCACGCCGCCGACAGUCUCAGUCUACUUUCUGAUUGUGUCUGAAGAUUCUCCUGUGGUUGAGGCCCCUCUGCUUGCCUCGGAGGUCGAGUGCCUUCAGAGUGCAGCUUUCGGUGUCAGACUGGCCGCCAAGAUUGUCGACAUGCCUUGCAAUGAGAUGAACGUUGCCCACUUCGUCAAAGAAGUGGCGGAUGUUGGAAAACUGGUCGGCGCGAGUCUGACGGUGAUUGAGGGAGAGGAUUUGAAUAAAAAGGGCUUCGGAGGUAUCUAUGGUGUGGGCAAGGCGGCGUCCGUACCUCCUGCACUGGCCGUGCUGAGCCACCGGCCGGAGGGCGCCACUGUGACGGUGGCCUGGGUGGGCAAAGGCAUUGUCUAUGACACUGGCGGCCUCAGCAUCAAGGGCAAAACGGCAAUGCCGGGCAUGAAGAGGGACUGUGGAGGUGCCGCCGCCGUCCUUGGCGCCUUCUAUGCCGCCGUCCGCCAGGGCUUCAGCCAGAACUUGCACGCUGUCUUCUGUCUGGCUGAGAACGCUGUUGGUCCGACCGCCACCCGCCCGGACGACGUCCACACCCUCUACUCCGGAAGAACUGUUGAGAUCAACAACACCGACGCUGAGGGCCGCCUGGUGUUGUCUGAUGGCGUCACCUAUGCACAGAAGGACCUCAACGCUUCCAUCAUCAUUGAUAUGGCCACUCUCACAGGCGCUCAGGGCAUAGCAACUGGAAAGUACCAUGGGGCCAUUCUGACCAACAACGAGGAGUGGGAGCAGAUUGGAGUGCAGGCGGGUAAGAACUGCGGAGACCUGCUUUUCCCGAUUCCCUACUGCCCUGAGCUGCACUUCAGCGAGUUUGCCUCUGCCAUAGCUGACAUGAAGAACUCUGUCGCUGAUCGAAACAACGCCCAGUCAUCAUGCGCCGGCCUCUUCAUCGCGUCCAAUUUGGGCUUUGACUGGCCUGGUACUUGGGUCCACAUUGACAUGGCCUAUCCAGUGCACAGUGGCGAACGAGCUACUGGGUAUGGGGUGGCUCUGCUGAACGCAAUGUGCGGUCACUUCUCCAAGGACCCAACCCUGCUCGCCCUGAGCCCUUACAAUGCCAGCAGCGAUGAUGAGGCAAACGCUUGCAAAAAGCAGCGCCGCAACUGAUGUUCUGCAGUAAGUUUUGCCAGUAUUGAAAAUUUGGAAUUAAGAAGGGAAAUAUUUUGUUUGACUUCACAACGUUUAAUAAAAUAAUGAUUUUUUCAAAGGG